CUGGCACCACCUCACUCGGCUCGGAGAUCCGUUUUUCUGUGGGCUUCGAACCAAAAACCCCCGCUCGCCUCUCAUCACUCGCCACCCGGGAAGCGCGCCCGAGGCGGCACCGCAGCAGAAGAAGACGCGAGAGAGCUCGAGGAGAGACGAGCCGAGCCGAAACGAACCGAACCGAGCUUCCUUCCGUCCGCGCGAUCUCCUCCCGCAUCGGCCUCCUCCUCGGCGUCCUCGCCCCAUGGCGACGCCGGCCGUGGGCGCCGCGUGCCUCCUCGCGCGGGCCGCCGCCCCCUCCGCCGGGCCGGUCCCCAGGCGGGGGCCCGAUCAGGCGCGGCCGCGGCGGCUUGGCCGCUUGCGCAGGCGGUGCGUUGCGGAGCUGAACAGGGAGGGGCCGGCGCCGCGCCCGGUGCCCCCCGCGCAGGUGACCCCGCGGGUCCUGCCCGGCUUCCUCGCGCCACCGUCUCCGGAGCCCACACGGGCGCCGGCCUCGACGCCGCCGCCCCUGCCCGACGCCAGCUUGGGGGACGUCGAGCUCGAAUCCGAAGGGAUUGCUGAGGAGUCCAUCAGCAGCACAGUAGUUUCGGCAAGUGAGCAAGAUUCUGAGAACCUGGUUGUAAAGGAGCAAGCUCAAGCUAAAGUUACACAUAACAUUGUCUUUGUAACUGGCGAAGCUUCUCCUUAUGCAAAGUCAGGGGGUCUAGGAGAUGUUUGUGGUUCAUUGCCAGUUGCUCUUGCUGCUCGUGGUCAUCGUGUGAUGGUUGUAAUGCCAAGAUACUUAAAUGGGACCAAUGAUAAAAAUUAUGCAAAUGCAGUUUACACAGCGAAGCACAUCCGGAUUCCAUGCUUUGGUGGAGAACAUGAAGUUACCUUUUUCCAGGAGUAUAGAAACAACGUUGAUUGGGUGUUUGUGGACCAUCCCUCGUAUCACAGACCAGGAAAUUUGUAUGGAGAUAAGUUUGGUGCUUUUGGUGAUAAUCAGUUCAGAUACACACUCCUUUGCUAUGCUGCAUGUGAGGCUCCUUUGAUCCUUGAAUUGGGAGGAUAUAUUUAUGGGCAGAAUUGCAUGUUUGUUGUGAACGAUUGGCAUGCCAGCCUUGUGCCAGUCCUUCUUGCUGCGAAAUAUAGGCCAUAUGGUGUUUAUAAAGACUCCCGUAGCAUUCUUGUAAUACAUAAUUUAGCACACCAGGGUGUCGAGCCUGCAAGUACGUAUCCUGACCUGGGUUUGCCGCCUGAAUGGUAUGGAGCUCUGGAGUGGGUAUUCCCUGAAUGGGCAAGGAGGCAUGCCCUUGACAAGGGUGAGGCAGUUAAUUUGUUGAAAGGUGCAGUUGUGACAGUAGAUCGGAUCGUGACCGUCAGUAAGGGUUAUUCAUGGGAGGUCACAACUGCAGAGGGUGGACAAGGCCUUGAUGAGCUCUUAAGCUCCAGGAAGAGUGUAUUAAAUGGAAUUGUAAAUGGAAUUGACAUCAAUGAUUGGGACCCUGCCACGGACAAGUAUAUCCCUUGUCAUUAUUCUGUUGAUGACCUCUCUGGAAAGGCUGAAUGUAAAGCUGCAUUGCAGAAAGAGCUGGGUUUACCCAUAAGGCCCGAUGUUCCUCUGAUUGGCUUUAUUGGAAGAUUGGAUUAUCAGAAAGGCAUUGAUCUCAUUAAAUUAAUCAUUCCAGAUCUCAUGCGGGAAGACAUUCAGUUUGUCAUGCUUGGAUCUGGUGACCCAGAUUUUGAAGCCUGGAUGAGAUCGACAGAGUCGAACUUCAGGGAUAAAUUUCGUGGAUGGGUUGGUUUUAGUGUUCCAGUCUCCCACCGGAUAACUGCAGGCUGCGAUAUAUUGUUGAUGCCAUCCAGAUUUGAACCUUGUGGUCUCAAUCAGCUAUAUGCUAUGCACUAUGGUACAGUUCCUGUUGUUCAUGGAACUGGGGGACUUAGAGAUACAGUGGAGAACUUCAACCCUUUUGGUGAUAAGGGAGAGCAGGGUACGGGGUGGGCGUUCGCACCCCUAACAACAGAAAACAUGCUGUGGACAUUACGAACUGCAGUUUCAACAUACAGGGAACACAAGUCUUCUUGGGAAGGACUAAUGAAGCGGGGUAUGACAAAAGACUUCACAUGGGACCAUGCCGCCGAACAGUAUGAGCAGAUCUUUGAGUGGGCCUUCAUAGAUAAACCUUAUGUCAAGUGAAAGGACCACAAGUGGCAUCUCUCUGAAUAGCUUCGGUUCUUCAUCCUUCGGCAAACCGAAGGAUGAGCAGAAAACCCUGUACAUUACAUGGAUCGCGGACAAGCUAUAUGCCCCAUUGUUCAGGUUAGCCUUAAGGUGGCUGCUGCUUGGCUGGUUAGUCUAAAAGAACUAUUCUGCAGUGACAACUCCAGAUCAGUCACACUGUCAAAGAAUAAGAGGAGGAUGCUCGAAGCGGUUCGCGUGACUAAUAGGGCAACCUCUCAAUGGUACAUAUGAAAUCAACUGGAUUUAGCUUCAGUUACACACUUACCCUAUUCCUUGUUUCCUUGAGUCUGUCGCCUGUGUUGUUUGUUGUCCAUUGUCCUUAGGCUGAUAAAUUUGAUCCACUAGAGAAUUAUGCCUCAUUUUUUUCGUGAUUAACUGCCUGACGAAUUGGUGCC